CUCACACACACACACACACACACACACACACCGACGCGUCUCCCUGAGCAGCUGAUCACAGACCUGUUGAAGGUCGUCAUCCUCGGCAGGUUUCUUCUCCUCGGAGGCCGGAUGCCCGGCUGACAGAUGGGACCUCGGACAGCAGUGGCUCCUUCUAAGGAGGCGAAGGAGGUGGCAGGAGGUCGGGGAUUACCCCGAAUGAGGAGCUGCGACGGCAGCAGAUACAGGAGGAGAGGAGUCGGCCUAUCCAACAACUCCCCCUCUUCAUCUUCCUCCUCCUCCUCUUCACCAGUGCUCUACAGCCCCAAAUCAGUCCUGAAGAGACCGGUGAGCACGGAGGAGCUGCAGAGACCGGGAGGACCUUACAUCAAGAAGACCUUCACAGUGGUGUCCGAUGCCGUCGGGUGGGGUUUUGUGGUGCGAGGAGAGCGGCCGUGUCACAUCCAGGCCGUGGAGCCCUGCGGCCCGGCUGCUGCUGCCGGGAUGAAGGUCCGUCAGUUUGUGGUUUCGCUCAACGGGGUCAACGUCCUGGAUCUGGACUACCGGACCGUCAGCCACCGGGUCCUCACGGGACCCCGGGCGGUGGUGAUGGAGGUGAUGGAGGAGACCGACCACUGAGCCACAGGGAGACAAAGCCAAAGACAACUUUUGUGAAACAGGAGGCGUCCCUCGAGGACAGGAAGGAGGAGACCUCCUCAGGAACCACGUGUCCGGCUGAACUUUAGGAUCGUCCCCCCCAGAAGGAUCGCCCGGAACCCAAAGGUCUUUGGAGGGGGACGCUGGGGGGUACAAACCGCCGGGGACGUCCAGGGGUCAGCUGAGCUGAUCACGUGACGAUUAGUCAGGAAAUAGUUUGGUUCUUGACCUCCGCUCUCCUCUCGUUGUGUCAUUUUUCAUUUUCUUCUAAACAAAAGCGGCUUUUCUUCAUUUUAAAUAAAGAUUCCGGCCUUAAAGGACUAUGAGGGGAAGCCAGGUCCUCUUCAUACUCACCGAGGGGACGGGGGGGGGACGGGGGACGGAGGGGACGGGGUUCUAGAGACACACCUGCUCUGUGUUUUCCUGAAAGUCUCCCUGAAGGAUCACGCUGUUGACGCGGCGUCUUCCUUCAUUUGGGAGGUUUGGACUUUUGGCCCCCGCACACAAACACAUUACCCCCCCCAGUGUUUGCUUUUCCAUCCGCAACAUCUGUGUGUGUGUGUGUGUGUGUGUGAGUGUGUGUGUGUGUGUGUGUGUGUGUGUGUGGAUCAACACUUUUAAACUGAAGAGUCUUUUAAAGCCUUUGUACCACCUUUUUUCUGCUCUUGUGUUCAGUCGACUCAACGGGAAAAGACUCUUCUCUCAGCGUCUCUCAGCGUUCAUCUCGUCUCCUCUGAGUCUCUCGUCUCCUCUGAGUCUCUCGUCUCCUCUGAGUCUCUAGUCUCCUCUCUGAGUCUCU